CUACUGCUAUGGGUGAUCAGAUAUUUUUCAAGAUGGCGUCUGUUUUGGAAAAGUACUUAAAAUUUUGGAAAAUAGAGAAAGAGAAUAAUGACUCGCUCUCUCUCUCUUUUUGGAUAUUUGUCUGUGUGAAGGAAGCGAGAGAACAACAACAACAACAACAACAACAACCGCUUAACUACAAUGUACUGACAACCGCUGCUGCUGCUACUACCACCACUACUACUACUACUACUACUACUACUAUGAACACUACUACUACUACUACUACCACUACUACUACUACUACCACCACUACUCAAGCUACUGUUAUAGAAAGUGGACGACCGCAUCCUUUUCUCCCCUCCUACCUCAUAGAUGGCGUUGAAGAUGCUGGAGGAGGGGGAGGAGGAGGAGGAGGAGGAGAAGGAGGAGGAGGAGGAGAGAAGAUGGGAGAAAAACAUCAAAAUCCACUUCAAUUCCUCCUUCAAUGUCGUGAAAUAUGGUGAAGGAACAGACAUAAGGGGCAUCAUUGGCGUGGUCAUCAGCCGGCAGAGUGGGGGGGGUGUGAGGGAGUACACCAACAUGUUUGCCCUGCGUCUGAGGAACACUAUCACCAGAGAGGUCAACUGGCUGCACCAUGACCUCACCAUGGCACAGGUUGAGUGUCGUUAUCCUAACCUUCGAGGGGAAGACACAAAAUUAGAGUUGAGAGUUCGGUACAUCCUCGGAGACCUGCCCCUUCUGUACAGCAAAGACCGGCACACCUUUAAUUUCUUCUACGAGCAGGUUAAGAGUGACUACCUGGAGGAUGAGAGCAAUGGCAGCGAAGGCAUGGAUUUCGACACAGCCAUCCAGCUCGCUUGCAUCGAGAUCAAGCGAGUCUUUAAGCGGAUGAACGGAUGCGCGAUGGACAAGAAAUCAAAUCUCGAGCACCUGGAGAAGGAAGUCGGUCUCCAUAAAUUUCUGCCGGCCUACAUCCUCAACACCACCAAACAGAAAACGUUACGAAAGGCUUUGCAGGGAAACUUUAAGAAAUUCGCGGCGUUCUCCGAUUACGAGUGUCACUUCAAGUUCCUGGAGACCUUAGGGAAAGUCCGAAGGUUUGACAUCGAAAGCUUCCGCUGCGCUCUCGGCUGUGGCUGGUCAAUUCCUGUAACUCUGCUUGUCGGCCCAACUGUUGGAAUCUCCUACCGGACAGACUCGGCCUCUACUGCACAGCACAUGGCAAACUUUGAGCAGAUUCAGAGUGUGGAAACGUUACAGAGCAGUUGCGAGCAGCACAGGAAGGCUUUGGUGCAGUUCAAGGUGGCAGGUACAACAGAAGCCCUUACAAUCACCUGUCCCUCCAUUGGCGCAGCAGAGAGCUUAGCAGACCUCGUUGACGGCUACUGCAGGCUUGUCAACCAGUCCAAUGUGUCGCUGUGGACUGUCUGGGAUAAUGUACAUUCCCCAAAAAGAGAAGAAGAAGGAGGAGGUGGAGGUGGAGGAGGAGGAGGAGGAGGAGGAGGAGGAAGUGGAGGAGAAGGAGGAGGACCAAAGAGAAGCAGUGGACGCAGGAGUGGAGGAGGAGGAGGAGGAGAAGACUAUGCAGAAAUAGUGGACGAUGAAGGAGAUUAUUCCACUCCUGCUAGCCGCGACUACGAGUUGAACCGCGCAGCAUUAGAGGUUGGAGCCAUCAUCGGAGAGGGGCAGUUUGGUGAUGUGCACAAGGGUCAUUACAGGCUGCAGGAUGGGUCAUUGCAGCCUGUGGCCAUCAAAACCUGCAAGGAGAUAGAAGGAGGAGGAGGAAGAGGAGGAGGAGGAGGAGGAGGAGGACGAGCUGAGAAAUUUCUAGAAGAAGCAUAUGUGAUGCAGCAGUUUGACCAUCCGCACAUCAUUAAGCUAGUUGGGAUAGUCAGUGGCUCACCAUUCUUAAUAGUGAUGGAGCUGGCCAGACACGGAGAGCUGAGGGCCUUCCUUCAAGCUAAUCGGGACACCCUCUCUGCACCCACCCUGCUCCUGUACACCUUCCAGCUCUCCACUGCACUCAGCUACCUAGAAAGUAAAAAAUUUGUGCAUAGGGACAUCGCCGCCAGGAAUGUGCUGGUGUCCACUCAUGAGUGUGUCAAGCUAGGCGACUUUGGACUGUCCAGGUGGGUGGAGGAGCACAGUUACUAUAAGGCAUCCAAGGGAAAGCUACCUAUUAAAUGGAUGGCGCCAGAAUCAAUCAAUUUCCGACGGUUUACCAGUGCUUCGGAUGUCUGGAUGUUUGGUGUGUGCAUGUGGGAGAUCCUGCAGUUAGGAGUCAAGCCAUUUCAAGGAGUAAGAAACAAUGACGUCAUUAAGCGAAUUGAAAAUGGGGAGAGACUUGCACUACCUACGAACUGUCCCCCAAGACUGUAUUCUCUUAUGAGCCUCUGCUGGUCCUACGAACCUCACAGAAGACCAACCUUUCGAGACAUACGAGAGGCCUUGAGGGAAAUCCUAAGAGAUGAAAGACAGCAGCAACAAGAUUUAAAGAGAAGAGAGACUAGAAGAGUGCACGGGUUGUCUUGGGGCGUGGAUGAACCGCCACCAAAACCAGCACGCACAACGACCACCACCACCACCACCACUACCCUCGAACCUCUACUGUUGCAAGGAUUAGAAACAGCACCAUCUCAGGGCUUGGAAGAGAGACUGAAGCUGCAGCAGAGACAGUCCAUUGAAGACCAAAGAUGGCUAGUGGAGCAGGAGUGGAAUUUUAGAAGCAAUUCGGAAAAAACUGAUUCUGAUAGUGAGGAAGAAGGAGGAGGAGGAGGGGGAGGUGGAGGAAGAGCUCUCUCCUCCUCCUCCUCCUCGUCUCCUCCUCCUCCUCCUCUUCCUCCUUCCUCCACUCCACCUCUCAUCAACGGAUCUUCUGAACCAAAAAUUGUUGUAAAGGCCCAGCCAACUCCAACAGCACAUCUGGACAGAACAAAUGAUGAGGUUUACAAGGCGACAGUGCAGGUUGUGGCGUCAGUCCGUGAGCUUAGCGAGGGCGUACAAACCCCAGCAGGCCAAUCAGCGGCAGUAACAGGGCAACAGUCUGCAGCCAGCACCCCAGCCCUCAGUGCUUCAGAUUACCUAAGCUUGGUUCAGCAGGUCGGCCAGUCUCUCAGAACGCUCCUAACUGCUGUUGAUGACCUCAUGCCCGCUGUGCCCCCCACUGCCCACAGAGAGAUUGAGUUGGCCCACCGUGUGCUGGCUAAGGACAUGACAGAUUUGGUGCAGUGCUUCAAGCUGGUGCACAAAUAUGCAGCCACCACACUCCACCACGAAUAUACCAAACAGUUACUGGGGGCGGCCCAUGUACUAGCAAUGGACUCCAAGAACCUCUUAGAUGUGAUUGACAGCGUCCGACUCAAACACCAGUUACUACCACACCUGCCACACCAAAGCCACGCCACCGCCCCCCACCCCAGCCAGGGCCCCACCGCAUCCCCUCAUGCCUCUGCCGCCCAUCACCUCUGCCACACUUCACGGGAAAAUGAGAAAGUUUGUGGUAACAGAGAAUUCUUGGCUGGUGGUGGUGGUGGUGGUGGUGGUGGUGGUGGUGGUACUUCUGCUGCUGCUACUAGUGAUUGUGGUAGUAGUUGUAGUGGUGGUGGUGGUGGUGGUGGUGAUGUAUGAACAUUCCAGGAUUGCUUAUAAAGAAGGGACAAAGUUGCAGCUGAUUACUACUACUACUGCUUCUACUACUACUACUACUACUACUACUACUACUACUACUACUACUACUACUACUACUACUACUACUACUACUGCAAAGAAGAGAAAUAUACUCUCUCUCUCUCUCUCUCUCUCUCUCUCUCUCUCUCUCUCUCUCUCUCUCUCUCUCUCUCUCUCUCUCUCUCUCUCUCUCUCUGUGUGUGUGUGUGUGUGUGUGAUAAAACCUUUGUAAAUAAACAGAAUAAUGAAUAAUGCAAGAAUAGUAUUAUAAGUAACUGAAGAAAUAUAAGUACUAUUCAUCUUAGCCUCACUUAUGACUGUAAUGGUACGAAUAAUAGUAAUCAUUCAUUGUAAUAGUAAGAGUAAGAAUAAUAAUAAUAAUAAUAGUAAUAAUA